AGCCAUCAGAAUCACAGAAUCAUUAGAUCAGAAAUAUAUCGAGAUCAUCGGGCGUCAAAUUUUAUAUAUUGUUUGUUGUUGAAGAAUCGAAGAGAGAGAGAGAGAGACGAGUAUGAAUGUAAUAAUAAAUAAUUACACGCAAACGACGAGGAUGGUCGCCAAUAUAUUGAAGCACGGUAAUAACCUUGCAAGAAAGUAUGCCACUACUAUAGCCGACUACAAAAUUACUUGGGUACGACCAGAAAAGCUCUCGCAUUUGUCCCUUGAAAGGUCUGGCGAUCAAGGGUUAAAAGACGAUGUGAAAUCAUCGGAUUUUGGCAAAAUAUACAACGAGCUACCUGAACUGAAAGAUGCCAGUGAUAUAGUUAAAAAGAUGUUUACGCUGCAAUUUCUACCUCGUAAAGAAACAGUUGACGUGAGAAGAGACAAGAUUUUGCAAUUGGUGAAAAGGCAUAGAUUAGAUCGGAAAUCGCCAGAAGCUCAAAUCGCCAUUAUGACCAGUGACAUAUAUCAGUUGCGAGAAUAUUUAACAGAAUAUCCCAGGAACACGGCCAUGAAAGUCAAAUUGGUCGAGACAAUUGCGAAGCGAAGGAAAGUGCUGAAAUACUUACGACGAUGGGAUUACAGACGUUUCGAGUGGGUCUUGGAGAAGCUCAAUUUGGUUUACAAGCCGGCACCCGAACUUCCACAUCAGAUUACUAGGAAGGACUCCUUACGGCGAUUAACGGCAAAGCAUUGUGACAAACUUGUACAAGAGAAAUUGGAUGCAUACAAAAGAGAAUUGAAACAACUGCAAAAGGAUUUUUAUAUAGAGAAGGCGGAGAAGCUUGCGUUUAUCAGAGAGGAAGAACUAGCCUGUGGAUUACAAGCGUCGGUGAGCCAAGAGGAUAUCGCAUGCGCCAAGCAAAACGCGGAGAGAUAUCAAACUUCGUAGUAUCGUUAAGGGUGUAAUUUUGAGAGAAUACAAAACAUUUCCUUCUAUCU